AUGUCGUCCUUCGCCCUCCGUGCUGCUGCCCGCGCUGCCUCUCGUCGUGCGCCUCGCGCCGCGGCCACCGCCGUCAAGGCCGCCUCCUACUCCAUCCUCGCCCGCAAUGGCGCGGCCAGCGCGGCCCCCCGCGCUGCCACCGUCAUGGGUGCGCGUGGCAUGAAGACCCUCGACUUCGCGGGCACCAAGGAGGUCGUCUACGAGCGCAGCGACUGGCCCCUCGCCAAGCUCCAGGACUACUUCAAGGACGACACCCUCGCGCUCAUCGGCUACGGCUCGCAGGGCCACGGCCAGGGCCUCAACGCGCGCGACAACGGCCUCAACGUCAUCGUCGGCGUCCGUGAGGGCGGCGAGAGCUGGAAGCAGGCGAUGGAGGACGGCUGGGUGCCCGGCAAGACCCUCUUCCCCAUCGAGGAGGCCAUUAACCGCGGUACCAUCAUCAUGAACCUCCUCUCCGACGCCGCGCAGUCGCAGACCUGGCCCCAGGUCUCGCCCCUCAUCACCAAGGGCAAGACCCUCUACUUCUCGCACGGCUUCUCCGUCGUCUACAAGGAGGACACCAAGGUCGUCGCCCCGGCCGACGUCGAUGUCAUCCUCGUCGCGCCCAAGGGCUCGGGCCGCACGGUCCGCACCCUCUUCAAGGAGGGCCGUGGCAUCAACUCCUCCGUCGCCGUCUGGCAGGAUGUCACCGGCAAGGCCAAGGAGAAGGCCGUUGCCCUCGGUGUCGCCAUCGGUUCCGGCUACAUGUACGAGACCACCUUUGAGAAGGAGGUCUACUCCGACCUUUACGGCGAGCGUGGUGUCUUGAUGGGUGCCAUCCAGGGCCUGUUCCUUGCGCAGUACAAGGUUCUCCGCAAGAACGGUCACACUCCGUCAGAGGCGUUCAAUGAGACUGUCGAGGAGGCUACUCAGUCACUCUACCCUCUCAUUGGCAAGUACGGUAUGGACUACAUGUACAAUGCGUGUUCCACGACCGCUCGCCGUGGUGCCCUCGACUGGGCCAAGGUCUUCGAGGAGACCAACCUGCCCGUCUUCGAGAAGCUCUACCAGAGCGUAAGGGAUGGCUCGGAGACGCGCCGUUCCCUUGAAUUCAACGGCCGCUCCACGUACCGUGAAGACCUCGCGAAGGAGCUGAAGGAGAUUGACGACCAGGAGAUCUGGCGUGCCGGCAAGGUCGUCCGCUCCCUUCGUCCGGACAACCUGUCUUAG